UAUAUAUAUAUAUAUAUAUAUAACCAUAUAACUCCUCACCACUACCACCACCACCUCUCAUUCCCAACCAUUGAUCCCUCCUCUUCUCUCUCUUUCUGUCUCGCCAUUAACGAACCUCACCUCACCUCACCUCACCUCCAUUGCUGAGAAAAAGCCAUGGCUGAUGGAGAAGAACCCAAGCAAAAGGACCUCCACUUCGACAAUCUACGAGCCAUCCGCGUCCUCGGCCGCGGCGCCAUGGGCACCGUCUUCCUCACCGACGACGCCUCCCAACCCUUCGCCCUCAAGGUGUUCGACAAAAAGUCCUCCACCUCUCGUCGCCCCGACGCCGAGCGCCGCGCUCGUUGGGAACUCACUGUCCUCUCCCGUCUCCACCAUCCCCUUCUCCCAACCCUCUUAGCCUCCAUCGAAACCCCAGACUUCAUCGCCUGGGCCAUCCCCUUCUAUCCCGGCGGCGAUCUCAACGCCCUUCGCCACUCCCUCCCUGACCGCUCUCUCUCCACUGCCGCCCUCCGCUUCUACCUCUCUGAGCUCGUCUCCGCCCUCGCCCAUCUCCACUCCCUCAACAUCGCCUACCGAGAUCUCAAGCCCGAGAACGUCCUUCUCCGCGCCGACGGCCACAUCGUCCUCUCCGAUUUCGAUCUCUCUCGCCAGCUCUCCCCGGCCCCUUUGCAGCAUUUCGUCGAACACCUCCCGGAUCUCCGAUCCACCCAUGCCCCUCGCCACCGCCGUCAUCUCACUCGGAUCUGGUUCCCCGCCGGGGCUGGGGUCAAAAAAACCCGAUCCGCUAGGGUUUCACCAGCUCGCGCCGGCGAGCGCGCCAACUCCUUCGUCGGCACCGAGGAGUACGUCGCGCCGGAGAUCGUCCGUGCUGAAGGCCACGACUUCGCCGUCGAUUGGUGGGCUCUCGGCAUCCUCGCCUAUGAGAUGGCCUACGGCCGGACUCCGUUCAAGGGACGGAACCGCAAGGAGACGUUCAAGAACGUGCUGGUCAGAGACCCGCAGUUCCCCGGCGGGAGCUCUCGGCGCCGGAGAACGGAGCUUGAAGACCUCAUCGCCCGGCUUCUCGAGAAGGAUCCGGCGAGACGGUUGGGUGCCGGCGGCGACGGAGAGGUGAGAGCUCAUCCUUUCUUUAAAGGAGUGCAGUGGGAUCUGGUCACCGCGGUGAGCAGACCACCGUACUUAUUUGAAGAUGAGACGGAGGCGGUGACGGGACUAGGCGGUGACCGGACCGCAGUCGGAACGUUUGAUAUUCGGGAUUAUUUCACGAAGGUCCGUCAGGAAACCGUAACGGUUCAGUCCGUCUCGUUGGAUGAGUUUUAACUAAAUUUAAUUUUUUUUUUAAAUGAUUUAGAGUAAGUUGUACAUACGUGGGUGACUGGGUGGCAUGGGGAAGAGUAUGUAUGUAAUUAAUGCAUGGUUAGGGGGUGGUUUUGUAAACAUAUGGUUUAAAUGUGCACGUGUAUAAGCUCACGUGUGAAUGUAAAGAUUAGAGGCUUUGCUAAUAAGAGUAGAAGACUGGCUUCAAA